ACCUAACCCAAACCUUAACUUACAACCCAACAAAAUGUCCAAGAAACUCCCAACUAUAUCCGUAACUGCCGAUCAUCACUCGUCUCGAUCCGAUGCAUCCUCAUUAUCGUCGUCAUCCCGCGACUCGGACAGCAAUGACAUGGACUAUGGCCGCAAUGGGGCAGGCGGCGUCACCGAUGUCGAGGACUUUGACAGCCAGGUGGAGGUGCUGAAGCCCGGCUCCCGACGUGGCUCCUCGAGUGCUGGCCACAAGCCAAAACAGCUAAAGGCCCACCCAUACGACAACGAUGUGACUGAUGUGGAGGACUACGACACCGAGUCGGAGGACGAGGAGAAGAGCGUUGCCUACCCAGAGCUGAAGAUGUCGCUGCGCGAGUUCCUGCAGCAGGGCCUUCAGAACCAGGAGGCCCACGACCAGGAUGGCAAGGAGAGAUGCGAAAACAGAGACGGGGACUUCGUGCAAGCACAAAACCUCAAUGGCCUGACCGACUAUCUGACCGACUGCGAAGACUACGACACCGACUCCGAGGUGGACUAUGGCUGCGAGAAGUCCGUUUGUGUGGAUCUGGACCAUGCCGUGGGCGAUCUGGGACGCGUCAACAUAGCCGACGCCGAGAAGCACCAGGAUGACUCCGAUGAGUACGAGGAUGUGUCCGUGAUCAGCGACAUUAGUGACUUGGCCUCGGCCAUGUCCGACUGCACUGGCAUUGGGGUGCGCGGCAUGUCCGAGGACGAGAUGCUCGAGGUCUCUGACAGCGGCCACGAGGAGGUCUGCCAGAUCGCCUGCUCGGGCAGCGAAUCCGAAUCGGAGCCAGGUGCAGCUGGAGGUCAGAGUGUGAGUGAAAGCAGCUAUCCCAUCGAUGUGGCCUUCUUUAGUGUCAGUGGACAGCCGCGUCGCAACUCCAAGUCCACAUUGCCCAUGCCUGGCCCUGGGCAGGUGAACUUCCUCCAGCCAGCAGCCGUGCACGAGGAGGUGCUCACCGACAUUGAGGGCAUCGAUGACUCGGCAGCGGAGGAUAGCUUUGACAAUGAGGAGGACGACGAGCAGCCCAUACCGCGUGCCGUCAUUCUGGCUGCUGGCGACGAUGGCACCUGCCUCACCGACAUCGAGGACAUGUGGUGCGAGGACUCUUCGCUGGCCAGCACGGGCACAGUGCCCGAAGCUAUGGCAGUCGCGCCCGAGGCCUUGCCACUGCCGCAUCGCGAGGUCGUGGAGCUGAAGGAGGACAAGAACGGAGACACCAUCACGAAUGUCAUGCCCAUGGACAGCAACUACGAGUUUGGCAUCUACGAUCACCUCAAAGAUGCCGUCCACACCGACUCCGAGGAGUACUCGUGCGCCGAUGAGUGGAGCCUGAGUCACUCAGUUGCCGAAGAGGCUGCGGUCGGCGGUCCAGGUCUGAUCGAGAAUGAGGUCAUCGUGUCCAAUGAGCUGAUGAAGCAGCAGCAGAAUAAACGCCUGGAAGUCCACUCAAACGCCGAGUCCGUGACCGAUGUGGAGGAGAUAUUUGUGGCCGGAACGAACCGUCGCAAGAAGUUGAAGACACGCACCCUGAGCAAAGGCAAGAACAAGCUGCUGGAUGUGGCCAAGGCCAAGGAGGAGGGCGUCACCGAUGUCGAGGACAUGGACUUGAGUGAGUGCGGCCUGCCCGCGGGAGUGCAGCGCGUGGAACAACUGAAGCACCAGGCCAAGGGCUCGAACCACUCGGACAAGCUCACCGAUGGGGAGGAUAUGUCCACCGACGAUGUGUCUGAUUUUUCCGAUGGUUCCGAUCCACCACCACCAUCGAAGAACAAGCUCCAGCCGCUCGCCCACUUGCGCCUGCUCAAGAAUGAUGCGGUGAGCCAGCAGAACACCGACACCGAGGACGUUCAGCUGCCAUCGGAGGCCGAGGACGGGCUCGAUGAGCCGCCAGUCAUUCAAGUGGCCAACAGCGACAGCAAGGAGCUCAACGACAUGCUGAAUGAGAGCUACACCGUGGUGCACGAGAAGAGUGGCCGCAGCUUCAACAGUGAGUCCGAGAGGCUGCACAUAAAAGGCGCGAUUCGUGAUGCCCACACCGACGUGGAGUAUGUGGAGUCCGACGAGUCAGCCGCCGCCAGAGGAGGCAACUAGUGUCUGCUUCGUGCUCUCAACAAUAGUUUCAUAAGUGUUCGUUCAUUGAUACGAAAGUCAGUCAGUCUCCUGCUGACUACAAACCCAACACACAUAAAGUACACUCAGACUCAAGCAUUUUAAACCCUUCAGGAGAAAUUAAUUGACACAUCCAUUCUGGAUACCGAAACGAGCUCACAGGAAAUCGGUGAUGUUAAAGUUGGUGGUGGUGAAGGUGAUGGUG